UGAUAUAUAUUGAUGUAAAUUUUUUGUCACAGUCUGGGCUUUAUUCAAUAUUUAACUCAGAAAUUUACCCGAGUUUGCAAUAUGGUACCGUCCUAAUCAUGUGACGUCGGUACGAAAACAGGAAGGUCCAAGAUGGCGGUUGUCUGACGAUACUUUUGUGACGGAGCCGACGACAAUUUUUUUUCCGGUGGACAGGUGGACACGCCGAUUCUGACGACUUGUGGGCUUCGAACCUUACCGAUGAACCUUGCCGGGCAAGGCGGGGAUAACUCCGCCGGCCUCCUCUUCGUCAACUUCAACCAGGACUGCACAUCGUUGGCAGUUGGCUCGAAGACGGGAUACAAACUCCAUUCGCUGAAUUCCGUGGACAAAUUGGACGUGAUCUAUGAAAAUGCAGAAAGUGAGGAUGUGUGCAUCGUGGAGCGGCUCUUCUCCUCCAGCCUGGUGGCCAUCGUCAGCCUGUCUGCACCCCGCAAGCUCAAGGUGUGUCACUUUAAGAAGGGUACGGAGAUCUGUAACUACAGCUACUCCAACACUAUCCUGGCUGUCAAGCUCAACAGACUUAGGCUGAUCGUGGCCCUAGAGGAGAGCCUGUACAUCCACAACAUCCGUGACAUGAAGGUGCUGCACACCAUCCGCGACACCCCGCCCAACCCCCUGGGGCUCUGUGCCCUGUCCAUCAACAACGACAACUGCUUCCUCGCCUACCCAGGGAGCGCGCAGAUCGGCGAGGUGCAGGUCUUCGACACAGUUAACUUGCGUGCGGUAACCAUGAUUCCGGCUCACGAUAGCCCCCUAGCGGCUUUACAGUUCAACGCACCAGGAACCAAACUAGCAACUGCUUCAGAAAAGGGCACAGUUAUAAGGGUAUUCUCCAUACCUGAUGGACAGAAGUUGUUUGAAUUUAGAAGAGGUGUUAAAAGGUGUGUAAGCAUCUAUUCCCUAGCCUUUAGUAUGGACUCCGUGUUCCUGUGUGCAUCCAGUAACACAGAAACUGUGCACAUCUUCAAACUGGAGGGACCCAAGGAGAAAACGCCUGCUGGAACAGAAGAACCUCAGAGCUGGAUGGGGUACUUUGGGAAGGCUCUGAUGGGGGCUGGGAGUUACCUGCCCACCCAAGUCAGCGACAUGUUCAACCAGGGAAGAGCCUUCGCCAUCGUCAAGCUACCGUUUGCCGGCCUGAAAAAUAUUUGUGCCCUCGCGAUAAUAAGCAAGCUCCCCCGACUGUUGGUGGCCUCAGCAGAUGGUUAUCUGUACAUCUACAAUGUGGACCCAGCCGACGGGGGAGAGUGUAUGUUACUCAAACAGCACAGACUUGAUGGCAGAACAGACGGGACGGAAUCCAGUGAGUCGCUGACCAGCGCCCCUCGGGACAAACCAUUGACGGCGGCGGCGGGGCCCUCGUAUGCUGCUAAGGUGAUGUCCAGUCAACCCCAGUCCUCACCCCCCAAGGAGGCCUCACCACCUAAAGAUGACCUGUACCAUUACGGAGGGAGCCCCCAGUCGGGAGGCGCAGUGGGGGGACCACAGUUCCCCUCAGGGGCACCGCCGUAUUUGGCGGAUGAAGACACCAGGGAUCUGACCGGGCUGCGAUUGGACGACGAAAACGAGUUCCCUCCCAUGACGCACCACAACGACUGACCCUGUCACCAUGGCAACACACCCUGUUACCAUGGCAACACAUUCUGUCACAAUGGCAACACAUCCAGUCACCAUGGCAACACAUCCGUCUCCUAGCAGCUUCCUCCUAUAGCAGGACCAGGUGUCAAUCAUCAGGCCACACCUUUCAUUCCAUUCGUUUUCAGACAUUUUACAGUUUGAUAAUUCAAUAAGAAGACAAAAAAGACUGAGGGCUGUGAAGAAAACUUUAGGUUUGUCCUAACUCUGAUUUUCUGUUGAUCUUCCUAUUCCACAUUCUUCUUCCUUUUUUCCAAAUUUUUCUUCUUUUUCUUCAAAUCUGACUUCUGAGAAUGCACAAAUUUCAAACUGGUGUGGCCUUACCUGCAAUACCGUGUAACGUCCACAGGAGGCGCUGUUGUACCAUAUACAGUACUGGAAAAUGACUGUAAAGCACAGAGAAGGAUCAUGGACAAGAGCAAUCACAUAAUGUAACCCCUCGAGGUCUUAAACCAAUGAUGGCUUCCAUUAUAAAUGUAAAUGAUGUACCUAGGGUCUAACAAUAGACUCUGUAGAGCUGGUUUUUCUUAGCGUAUCCUGUGUGUUAGUCAAGUUAUUUUAUUUCCAGGUCCAUUGAAUCGAUGAUAAGUUAGGAGCUGCAAAGCUGGUAUAUGUUGUUCUCAGACCAAACGAUAUGUGGUAAUAUCACGAAAGCUCCUCUGCUCUGUUAGUUAAACACAGUAUAUAGCUGAAUUUUGUUUCUGCACCUGCAUUGUAAUCUUUCUGUAGGAAGAAAGUUCAGCUAUCUGCUAGAUAUAUAGUAUUUUUUCAAUGGAACUGCUUUUAAAAGUAAGCAGGGUCCUAUACAAGAAUGCAAUGCUUUGCUGUGCAGUGUUGUUUUCCCCAGAUUUGUGUGCAUUUAGGUAUGUUUUAGUUAGAAAAUAAAG